UUUCCUUUUCUGUUUUCUAUUUGCUCAGGAAUUUGCGACUCUAACUAAGGAACUGAACCAAUCCCGGGAACAACUUCUAGAACGAGAGGAGGAAAUAGCCGAACUGAAAGCAGAGAGGAAUAACACACGGUUACUCCUGGAACAUCUUGAAUGCUUGGUCUCGCGGCACGAGCGCUCCUUAAGAAUGACGGUGGUCAAGCGGCAAGCCUCGUCGCCGGCCGGCGUGUCCUCAGAAGUAGAGGUCCUCAAGGCACUCAAGUCACUGUUUGAGCAUCACAAGGCGCUGGAUGAGAAGGUCCGGGAGCGGCUACGCCUGGCCCUGGAACGGGUCUCCUCAUUGGAGGAUGACUUGGAACGCUCCAAUCAAGAGAAUCUGGCCCUGAGGGAGCAGAACUCCAUCCGAAGCCAAAAUGGAGACGUGAAAUCCAUCAGCUCGGUCAAUCAUGAAGAUGUGGCCAGCACCAACAGGAGAAACUCCAAGAGACUGUCCAAUGGCUCGAUGGACCCUGACGACGACGUCUCGCGGGUGCUGGAGCUCCAGGGCACCCUGGAGAAGCAGAACUCUGAGUUGGGUCAGGCCAAGGAGAGGGCCUCGGAGCUGACGCUGCGGGUAGCCACGCUGGAGGAAUCCCUGGCCAAGACGCAGAAGGAGGUGCUCAGGGCGCAGGAGUCGGCUACAAAGUUCCAGCGAGACGCCCGGGAGGCGAUGUGUCAAAAAGAGGACAUGGAAGAGAGGAUAGCCACGCUAGAGAAGCGCUACCUGAACUCCCAACGGGAAACUACCUCAUUACAUGAUCUCAACGAUAAGCUAGAAUCAGAGCUGGCCAACAAGGACACCUUACUCAGACAGAGCGAGGACAAAAUGCGGCAUUACCAGGAGAAGCUAGAGUUGUCGGAACAGAAGUUGUCGCAGACGUUACGGAAAGCGGAGGAGCUGCCCAACGUGGAGGCAGAGCUGGCCGAGAGAAUGGCGGCACUGUCCCAGCAGGCGGAAGAGAGACAGGGCAGCGCCGAGGAAAAACUCCGACAACUACGAAGCGAACUAGAGGAAUGUAAACAAGAAUUGGAGAGGGCGAGGGAGAGAGAACGGAUGAACGAGGAACACAACAAACGUCUUUCCAGUACUGUUGAUAAAUUAUUAUCCGAGUCCAAUGAACGGCUCCAGCUGCACCUUAAGGAGAGAAUGGCAGCUUUAGAUGACAAGAACGCUCUCACGCAUGAACUCGAUAAAGUCAAAAAGUUCAUGGAUGAAAUCCAACUGGAGAGCAAGAGAUAUCGGGACGAACUGGAGAGAUACAAGGUGGAGCUGAAGAUAACCAAGGAGAGGUUGGCACAGCAAGGAGCUCAGGGUAGCACAAGCAGUAUUAGUGAAAUGGGACCAAGCCAAGCGGUCCCAGACGUAGUCAUCGCAAAUGCCACGCAAUCGUCAGGCUCACUAGAAGAUGACGAAUUUGACAUGGCGGGUGUGGUCAGACGGCAACAACCCGGCCGGCUACAAGCCCUCAAAGCUGACCCUGCGAAGGUCAACACUCUCAACGAGCAGGAAUGGGAGAAGGCCGAGCAAGCCAACGUCCUGGCCAACAUUGCCCAGGCGUUUGAGAGCGACGAGGCGGCCGCCCAUUCUGAGGACGAGUCCGAGUCUAUCUUUGGGGCGGUGGACAUGCUGUCGCCGCAGGGCCACACGGACGCGCAGACGCUGGCCGCUAUGCUUCAGGAACAGCUUGACGCUAUCAACAAUGAGAUCAGGCUAAUCCAAGAGGAGAAAUUUUCAACGGAGCAGCGGGCAGAAGAGAUCGAGCACCGGGUAGGCACCGGCAGCGUCGACAACUUUGACCUCUUCCAGGUCAACACGGGCCGCAGCCGCUACUACUGGAACACCGAACCCCGCAACCUGACUCGCUCCUUACCGGGCAGCAUGGUCAUGCACACGGACCAGGAGAGAAUAUCGCCCCCGGGGAGCGAGGACUCCACGCCCCGGAUCGAGAGGAGGGGGAACGCGGUGGACGCGCUGGGGAGCCAGUACAGCUACAGUCAGCCGCAGAUCCCGAAUCUGGCCGGCCUGGACGGGCCGGUGGAGGAGGGUGAGGGCCCUGGCUCUACUGCCCAGCGCAAAGGCGUGUACAGUCGUUCAAUGUCGCUGUCCGAGUCACAGCUUCACUAUUGGCAAAGAGGCCGCAAGCCUCUCCGGGGUACGGAGGAAGUGACAGAGGAACAGACCUCAUCACAGCCCAGGACUACCCCGCUAUCGCCGCGAUCGCAGCAACUAGAGAAGAUCGCUGCUGCUAUCACUGCUCAGGGGAAUGAACAAGAGCAGAGAAGGGGUUCCCUGGACAGUUCUCACAGUACCCCGAGCCCCCAGUCCAGCAACAACAGCAGCCAGGACUCGCUGCACAAGCAGCAGGCCAAGCGGCCGGGCCUGAAGGGCUCGCUAGGUAGGUUAUUUGGUGGCAAGAGAGGUGACAAGACCGGCUCGCUACGCAGGGGAAAGGAAGGCAAUUACAGCGAGAGCGAGAAAGCCCAGUACAUGGACGACACAAGUUCGCAGGAUUCCAUGGGUUUGGGCUCAGGCGGGCAGCAGCGCGACUUUGACCGGAGAAAGAAAAAAAAGCAUGAGCUCCUUGCUGAAGCCAUCAAGGCAGGUACCCCCUUCGCUCUGUGGAACGGCCCCACGGUGGUCGCCUGGCUGGAGCUCUGGGUAGGCAUGCCGGCCUGGUACGUGGCCGCCUGCCGAGCCAACGUCAAGAGCGGCGCCAUCAUGUCGGCGCUGUCGGACACUGAGAUCCAGAGGGAAAUUGGGAUCAGUAAUCCACUACACCGCUUGAAACUGAGACUAGCCAUACAGGAGAUGGUCAGCCUGACCAGCCCCUCUGCUCCCCCGACCUCAAGAACAACUCUAGCCUUUGGCGAGAUGAACCACGAGUGGAUCGGCAACGAGUGGCUGCCUUGCAUCGGUCUCCCCCAGUAUCGCUCCACCUUCAUGGAAUGCCUGGUGGAUGCAAGGAUGCUGGACCACCUCAACAAGAAGGACAUGAGGGGACAACUCAAGAUGGUGGACAACUUCCACAGAACGAGCCUCCAGUACGGCAUCAUGUGCCUCAAGAAAGUCAACUACGACCGGAAUGAGCUGAAACGGCGGAGGGAUCAAAGCGCAAAUGAAAUCAAAGACGUACUAGUGUGGAGCAACGACCGCGUCAUCAAGUGGAUAGUCUCCAUCGGUCUCAGGGAGUUUGCCAAUAACUUGAUAGAGAGCGGUGUGCAUGGCGCCCUCGUGGCGCUAGACGAGGCCUUCGAUCAUCAAGCCCUGGCCCUGGCCUUACAGAUCCCGACUCAGAACACGCAGGGACGGCAGCUAUUAGAGAGGGAGUAUAAUAACCUGCUGGCACUGGGCACCGAGAGAAGAAUGGAAGAGGAUGCAGGAAGCAAGUUCAAACGUGGCCCUUCCUGGCGAAGGAUGCUGAAACUCAAAGACGGGGCGUCGCCCAAGGGCAAGGAGGGGGCGGCAACUACGGCCGCCGGGGCUCAGGACCCCUCGGCGCCUGGGUCACCCAGUCAAAGGUCAAAUACAGCUCAGAAGCCUCAGGGGUCAUCGUCAUCGGCAACGGCGGCGGCAACGGGGGAGGGGGACCGGCCUGCUGUGCAGACAUACUCCUGCUGACAGGAGUAGAGAAAUCACAACUCACAAACCAACCUCAGGUGGCAGUUAGCAUACGUAAGAACUAUUUGGGACCAACAGGGUGGUGUAUGCGCCACUGACAGACCAACCCUUCCCACAUUCCAGUGUGAAAACUAAAAUCCUCACUGCCAGGAGAAACCCGUCUGAAGCAGUAUGAACCGGCCUGAACCGGUCACGGGCAGCCUGGGCUAGCUGUAGCUGACCAGUGCUGGCCAAGGUGUGCCAGAGAAAAUGGAUGUCUGGAAGCUAACAGUGACAAAACCGGUACAGACUGGUUGCAGCCAGCUAGAACCUGCAGUCAAAGCAAUGGAGGUCAAGAAGGAUUCGGAUACCAAACCGGUAUGGACUGGUUCCAGCCAGCUAGAACCUGCGGUCAAAGCAAAGGAGGUCCAGAAGGAGUUGGAUACCAAACUGGUAUGGACUGGUUCCAACCAGCUACAUGUAGCAACUGGAACCAGGCUGAUGAUGUGCAGAAUUGCCGACAGAAAAGUGCUGAUGAUAAAGUGUUGAAGAUUGAAGGCUCGUGACAAUCUGUGGAUGCUUGAUGGAAGUUAAUGUCCCUUCUUCAAGCCAAAACAAAGCUAUCCAGUUUAGACUGGUUUUGACCGGUUGAAGAGGACUGUUGCUAGCUGAUAAUUUCUAGAUCAGAAGGAAAAAAAAAAAAAUUUAAAAGGCUGAUAAAACACCAAAAAUGGCUCAGUCGCCUGGCAGCAAAUGGUCCCAUCUGUAAACUGUGCAUCUACCACGACCAGCCAAGACCCUAUUGGACCGGUUAGAGAACAUCCCAUCUUUGCACCAUUAUUCAACCUUUGAUACUCUGCUAACCAGUUGAGACCAGAUCCAGCUACCGUAACCUGCUGCAGUCUUGAACUGGUUCCAACCUGUUCUGGCCAGUUUUAUCUAGCUACAACACUCAUUGGAAUGUUCUUUUCAUUUUGUUUUCAUCAGACAGCACCAGUUUUACUUACCUUUAUAUUCGCCAGACCAAAUUUAUGAGUUCGUGAGACCAGUUCAAACGGGUCUAAUCCAGAUCUAACUGCCUGGAACCGCUCGUAACCGACUAUUGUAAUGAAAUUUGUGGAGAGAGUGGUUGUUUGUUAAACCUGUCAUUACUGCAGGGAGUAUCACAGCUUUUCUCCAGGAAAAAUCUGGGUCCAUAGUGAACUUGCCCAUUAACCAGUUCAAACCAGAUCAAACCAGUUCGAACCAGCUGAAACCAGGCCACGACUCUGGUUUAGGAUCAGGCUACUGGAGGGCAUUAUUCUGAAACUCGCCAUUGUCUCUCAUUCCAGCAGGUCAUAUAUUUAAUAAUAAGAUAUAACCAGAACUGACUGGUCCAGUCUAGGUGUGACUGGUUUUAACCAGUUCAGACUGGGCUGUAUGCCUGAUCAGGCUGGAUUUGUAAGUGAUAGAUACCAACUAGAUUUCUAUUAUUUAUUGCAAUUAUCGUUUCUUAAAGAUAUCAACAUUUACUUGGACAUUGAUCCCACCAGGAGAUUUCUUACGCUCAUGGCUAUUUAUUUAUUUUUAGAAAUAUGUUGAGAGAAAGUAGAAAAUAGCCUAGUUUUUCUCCUUAAUUCAAAUGCCUGGUGAUAUUUUUGAAAGAUAGUUUCGUGGAACCAUGUCAGUUUUUCUUUUGGCAGAGAUUUUUUACUCAAAUCCGCUCAUUUGGAUGAAGGGGUUACCAUUUUCAUCACAGUGAAGUUCAUUCACUUUGAAAUCAGGGAAACUGUGGAGGAGCGUCUUAAAACUUGUUACUCUUCAAAAGUUCCAGUGGAAAUAGAACUUAUUAUGAUGGGAAUAAAACCUGUUUAAGUCAAACAGGCUGUUAACCAGUUAGAACAGACGGGGAAAAAAUUGGUUUUCAAAAAUGAAAAUCUUUGCCUGUGCCUACUCAUACUUCAUGUACCUCGGGGAAGCCUCAUUCCAGCUAGGACCAUUCUAGGAAACAGCUUUUUCUGGAUAGUGUGGAUAUGUGUCUCGCUUGAUCCAAAAGAAGCAUUUCGAAGGGAACAUUGAUGUUCCUGUUGAAUGUUCCCUGUUUUGUGACUCUGUUCGGAGGAAUCUGUGGGGCUGUAAUGUUGAAGCAGUGCUUUCUAAUAAACUGGCGGAGUCGAUUGCUAAAUACCUGAGGAUUUUUUAUGGCAUUGAAAAAAAAAAGUUCUAAAUGUUAUGCAAAUUUGGGGGAAAAAAGUAUUACAAAAUGAUACAAAAAUAUAGUAAUCUACUUAAAAAGACAUCUUUACCAAUUUUGAAAAUAGUUUCCUCUAUUUCUUUUAUUUAUUCAGCUAAAUGGAAGAGUACAUUUUUGGAAGUAGGGUACGGACUGUACAGUUUGCUUUUUUUUGUAAAAUAUAAAACUAUUUCCAAGUCUGACAUAGUAAAAGAAAAGACAGGAAAAAAACACUUCCUUUUUUAUAUUAAAAAUUACGUACAAAAUUUCUUCCUUUCCUGUAAAAAUGUAUAAAAAAAAAAUUAAAAAUCACUGAUCUUAGCUGUUCUUUUGUGAAGUGGUUCUUGGAAUCUGAAGGAAAAAAACCGGUCGGUUAUUUCCGGAUCUACUAAGGCAUUCCGAAUGCAUAUGCUCUUGUUUUCAAAAUUGCUUUAGAUGGACAAAUACCAUGGAAAACAAAAAUGUGGUUCGCAGUUUGAUUGAUUCUCUUAUACCGCAACUUUGGUCAACUCAGACAGUGUCUGGAUUGGCAUGGUUCUGGUUUUUUCCUCCUAUUGGAAAGAUACAUGUGGGUACACACAGUCGUACUUUACCAUUACGUCUGAAGACGAGGCAUUGUGUUUCCAAUUUUUCUUAUAAUAUACACUCUCUCAUAGACUAUUGCACACAGACUUACAUUCGAGGACUGUUUUCAACAAAGAAUCUGUUCUUUGUCUUUGCUGUCCUCCGGAUGUAAUUAAUACACUUACAUGACCUGUAUACAUCACAUUUCAGGCAAAAUUGUCCGAGUCCACUUAAAUCCCUGAAAACUUAACAACUACACUUGUUAGCAGGUGCGGAUCCGAAGGGGGUGGGGUCAAAACAAAACACCUCCUCCCCUGCUCGGACAUCCCCCGAACCCCCCAUAAAAUAAUAAUAAUUACCUAUAUGUCCGCCUGUCCGCAACAAACGGACAUAAAAACAAAUCUGACAGGCUUGAACCCCCCCUGUAAAAAUCCUGGAUCUGCCCCUGGUUAGCAUGACCUUUCAUGUCCAUCACAAGAAAGAGGAGUGUUUACUGAUUUGAGUAUUAAAAGGACGCGAGUUAUUAUUGAAAUCCGUUUUGGUUGGAACUUAACAGCCUUCAGUUCUGUUUCUCUUCAGUUCCCCAGACUUUCAGGAACCAUUUCACAUGGCCAUUUUGUUACAACUGAUAAUAUAACAACAAACAGAUAACGUAUCGCCAACCGAUAAUGUAACAACAAUUGACCGAAUACUGUAUCACUAACCGAAAAUGUAAAAAAAAAUUGACCGACAGUGUAGUAGAAUGUACUACACUAUCAGUUCAUUGUUGUUACAUUAUCAGUCCUAAACAAUAAUGUGACAAGAAUUUACUGAUAGUGUAGUAACAUUUACUACACUAUCAGUCAAUUGUUGUUACAUUAUCAGUUGGGUUGGUGAUAGUUAUUCGUUGGUUAUUACAUUAUCAGUUGUAACACCAUUCUAUUCUAGGUGCCGCUGUGCACAGUACUUUAUACUUCUCUUCUUCCCAGACAGUUUGGACAUUUUUGUUUCCUCUUUGAAAUGUAUAAUCGGAGGAAAACAACGAGGGAGGAAAAGUUGACGACUUUUAUCGUUUCCAUUUCGGACCACAUCUGUUGCUAUGGAAACAAGACAGCACAAACUAAUGUCGGCUAUGCAGCAAUAAUACACUGUACAGAUAAAAAAAAAGAAACAAAAAUCUCUUAUGUAAAUCACUGUUUAACUUAAGUUAUGUAUGCACUGUACAUAGGAAUACAUGUUCGUAUAUAUGUAGUCCGGGUCUUUUUUUUCCCUUUUUUUU